AUGGCAGUGAUGAAGGAAAUUCUCCGAUCCAGAAAUCUCUUGCUUGUUGUCCUCAUUCCACUUCUGCUGCUUCCUCUGCCACUCAUAUACCCCAGCAGUGAAGCCUCGUGUGCCUACGUGCUCAUCGUGACUGCUGUGUACUGGGUCUCUGAAGCAGUGCCUCUUGGGGCAGCAGCCUUGGUUCCUGCUUUCCUGUACCCUCUCUUUGGGGUCAUGAAGUCCAGCGAGGUGGCUGCUGAAUAUUUCAAGAACACAACUUUGCUCCUCAUGGGUGUGAUUUGUGUGGCAGCUUCUGUAGAAAAGUGGAAUCUCCACAAGCGAAUUGCCCUGCGCAUGGUGAUGAUGGCUGGAGCCAAGCCAGGCAUGUUGCUCCUUUGCUUUAUGUGCUGCACCACGGUGCUCUCCAUGUGGCUCUCCAACACCUCCACCACAGCCAUGGUGAUGCCAAUUGUGGAGGCAGUGCUCCAGGAGCUGGUGAAUGCUGAGGAGGAGUGUGAGGUCAUCACGACUGCAGGCAGCACCAUUGCUGAAGAAAACAAGCCAAUAGGUCUCGGUGAAAAGCACGGCCAAGCUUCACUGGAGCUUAUCUUCAUCAAUGAGGAUGCUACUACUACUGACUUCAGCUCCUUGAUGCACUCAAAGAGUAUGAAUGGUGUGCACAUGAUAGCCAACCCUAUUGGAACAAUGAAUUCUACAAGCAAUGGGCAGCACCUACCUCAGGCUCAGAUCCUGGUCCUGCCCCCCGAGCCCUCAGACCUCGGGCUGAGCAGCAGGUACCAGUACCAGAGCAGGCAUGACCACAUGGUCUGCAAAUGCCUCUCGCUGAGCAUCUCCUACGCUGCAACCAUCGGGGGGCUGACCACCAUCAUAGGCACCUCCACCAGCCUCAUCUUCCUCGAGCACUUCAACAACCAGUACCCAAAAGCUGAAGUGGUGAAUUUUGGAACCUGGUUUCUGUUCAGUUUCCCCAUCUCCCUCAUCAUGUUGAUGCUGACUUGGUUCUGGCUGCACUGGCUGUUCUUGGGCUGCAAUUUUAAAGAGACUUGUUCUGUGAGCAAAAAGAAGAAGACCAAACGGGAAGAAAUGUCAGAGAGAAGAAUUCAAGAGGAAUACAAGAAACUGGGAAAUGUUAGCUAUCCCGAGAUGGUGACUGGAUUCUUCUUCAUCCUGAUGACCUUGCUUUGGUUCACUCGUGAGCCUGGCUUUGUACCAGGAUGGUCAUCUUUUUUUGAGAAGAAAGGUUACCGGACUGACGCCACUGUCUCUGUAUUUCUUGGGUUUCUCCUUUUCUUGAUUCCAGCAAAAAAGCCGUGUUUUGGAAAAAGGAGAAAAGGCGAUGGUGAAAAGUCAACAGAAAUUAACACACUGAAGCCCAUCAUUACCUGGAAGGACUUUCAGAGGACCAUGCCCUGGGAGAUUGUAGUGUUGGUUGGAGGAGGUUAUGCCUUAGCAGCUGGAUGUAAGACCUCUGGCCUCUCUACAUGGAUUGGACGUCAAAUGCUCUCCCUGAGUAGCCUUCCCUCCUGGGCUGUAACUCUGCUGGCUUGCAUUUUGGUGUCCAUGGUAACAGAAUUUGUUAGUAAUCCAGCAACCAUAACCAUCUUUCUGCCUAUUUUAUGCAGUAUGUCAGAAACCCUGCUUAUCAACCCUUUAUACACCCUGAUUCCUGUUACCAUGUGCAUCUCAUUUGCGGUGAUGCUGCCCGUGGGUAACCCUCCAAAUGCCAUUGUCUUCAGUUAUGGGCACUGCCAGAUCAAAGAUAUGGUGAAAGCUGGCCUGGGUGUAAAUCUGAUUGGCCUGGCUGUUGUCAUGGUGGCCAUCAACACGUGGGGAAUUAGGCUCUUCCAGCUGAACACCUUUCCAGAAUGGGCAGCAGUCAGCAACAUCACAAGCCAAACGUAAUCUUCAAUUAAAAAAAGAGCAAAAGUGCAAGACCAAAGCAAGCUGGGACAAAAUAUUGAACCUUCAUUUCACAUAUGAAAGAAGGAAGCGUGAAUCAGGAUCUGCUGUAAAACUGAAGAAAAUCCACUGGGAGGUCUUCUCCAACAGCUUUUCAGUUCUGAAAAUCAGCGUGAGUUAAAAGGAGAGAUUAGCUUUGCUCUAUUGUUGCUUUCUCUGGGAUACCAUAACUCCUCCAAAAUUCACUCCUCCAAGUUAUUUCCCUGUAGCUUUUUCAUGCCUUAGAGGAGUUAGGUAGGACUUGUAUGCAGGACUCCAGACAAGUACACAUACACUGCUGUACUUAGCAGCAGCAGAUUCAGUCCUACUAUUGACUCCUACACUGAAGGUAGGGUGAGCCUUACUCCCAAACCCAGAAGAGUUUUAUAAGCCUACUUCUUUUGAAGGCUAAUUUUUCUUGGUUUUUUGAGAUGAGUCAUCAUUGUUUUGCAAACACCAUUUUUCCACCUAACUUAUAUGACCUGGACAGAAAUCCAGCUACCAACUACCAGUACAGUGCUUCAAAGGGAUAAUAGAAACCUCGAGAGGAAGGAGAAAUCUCCUUGCAAGGAGAAUAUGGGGUUUUUUCCACAUAGCACUAAUAAAUAAAUUUCCAGUAUUGCAGUACUUGCAGUCUCAGCUUUGGAAGGAAGAGUUUCAGAAACAGAAAGUUUUGUUCAAGACCUUCUUCAUCAUUACCGCAGUGGGAGUUCUUUCAGCAGGGGAAGCUGUUACCAGCAAAACCAUAUCAGGCAAACAACCCCUAUCACUCUCCUGUCUCUUUGGCUGCUGUUUAAUUAUGCACUGAUGAUUCCCUGCCUGAGAAAGUCUCAUUCCUGAUGGCACUCAGUGCUGCUCCAGUAAGAAGGGAGAGGGCUGAAGUGGAGUGGUGCUGGUGUAUCUCCCCAUCGUGUGCCUUCACUUGAAUCUCACAUCCCCUGCUCUCUAGCAGCCCAGAGAGCAGGAACUUCAAAUGUAGGAAACUGUGGCAUAAAGUAAAUAACUAUCAAGCUAAAAGGCCAAUCUCUUUAUCUCUUAUCAAUAAACUGAAUGCCCUGCUUUCCUCACUGGAUCUCUGUGACACUCAUUAAGUCUUCUCAUGUAUUAUGUCUAGUUUUUAAUAAUUUCUUUAAUGUCAAUACAUUGAAACUGUAUAUUAGAAUGAUUGACUCUCAUGUAAUCACACAUACACUUUAAUGAAUUUUUAUGCUUUCCACUUUUAAUCUAGGCUCUCUUGAUGUGAAUGUAUUCUGCAAAAAUAAAAUGUCAAUAAAAUAAAUUAUUCACUACUGCACAUUCUGGUGCUCCAUGAGCAUACAAAUUGGAUAUAUUUCACCCAUAACCCAGCAAAACCUUAGAGAAGCAGUGUUGAGACAGCAGCAGGUUUUGGUUUACUGCUUCUGUCAAAACACAUGGAUCCCACAGACUCAUCUUGGAAAUAAACAGGUACAAUAAAAGGUCUCAUGCUGGCAGAAGGGAGAAAUAUGGGAAAAAACCAAAAAGCAUGUCUUAGCCCUUGUUCCAAAAGCAGGAAGCUGUAUCCUUUAGCAAAACUAUUUUGCUAUUCCUGGUAGUUCCUGUAAAUUUCAUUUUGAAUAGCAAAGUGUUUAGGUGCAUCUGUCACUUAAAGCAUACCCAUGAUCCUUGAUGCAUAAAACAAGACCUCAGCCUCACUUUUUCAACUCUUCUCCCAGCUCACCUGUUCUUGUGCUUCCCUCACCCUGAGCCUGCUGCCAGCACCCAAAGCUCAGGGCAUGCAGAGCCUCCUCAUCCUUUCUGCUCCCCUCCCUGCUCAGGGUGUUUUCCUGCUCCUCAGAAGAGGCUGCUCUGAACAGGGACCCCAAAAUGCUGCUCAAAGCAGAGGCACGCUAGCCUCCCCUGACAGGAGCUCCAUCCUAAAGCCCCAGGAGCAGGAGAGGAAGGGCUGCAAUGUCUGUUCACCAACAUGGGCAACUUCCUCCAGGACAAGCACUAGAGUGGGUGGGCAUGUCUGCAAUACCAACAGUUUUGUCCCUACACACAGCAAGCAGAACAUCUCUUUGUUCACAGUGCCUAAAGUUACCUUUGAUCAUUCCCCCCCGCCAAGACACUUUCUGGCUGCUUCCUUCCCAAGGCUUUAGCUGCUCUGCACCUUUCACUUGCACUCAUCUUCUAAUCCUUUUCACUUCACGCUUCAUCCACCAGCAUCUUCCAAUUGCUUUGCUGCUCAGCAACAAAUCACUCUCUGCCCUCCUAAUGCUGAUUUCUCAGCUCUGCUCAGCUCCCACCACAUCUUGCUAUUCCAGAGAUUUCCCAGGGGAUAUGAACACGGGAUGUUCUCAUUUGUGAGAGACCAGCAGCUAGCAUUCCAUCCAGCCUUAGGGAGACCUGGGAUUACUCACAAAUCAAACAGGGUGCCCAGCAGUGCUCUUCAGUAAGAACAGCAAUAGCAGUAGGUAAAUGAAAUGGCUCGGUGCUCUUGCACAUCUCAAACAAUAUUUCUUCAGAAGAGUUUCCAGGAGGCUCUGGUGUAACUCGUGUCUCUGAGAUUGGUACAGAGGCAUUUGGAGUGGCCUCAGGCAAGGACUUGCUCCAACAGACUGUUCCU